AUGAGGAGUUUAACACUGGCGAUUGCCAUCGGCAUUGUUGUUUAUUCAUCUGCGCAACUCAUAGAAGGGUUCGUUCGUCACCAAGGUUGUCGUCGUGUUAACUUGAACUUUUUCUUACAGCGAAAGAUGCAAUGACGCCAUUCUUUUUGACAUCAUCAAGGAGGUGAGUGUUUUGUUGAGUCCCUCAAGAAACAAAAGAAAUCGCAGCUCUAACUAAUUUGGUUUUUGAUGAGAAAGUUCAGUUUUCGUUUCUGGAAGAUCCGCUGGAGGUGCGGAUGAAGAUCGCUCAGAAGCUGCAGGAGAAGUUUCCGACGUCGCUGAGUAUGGGCGCCAUCUGCACGGACCGCGUCUUCCACUUCCCCGGCGACGUCAACCGCCGAUUCUGCACCGUCGCCUUUCCCAACUUUAAAUGCCACGCAAUAGUCCUUUGACCUUGACCUUGACCCUGUACAUAAAUCUCUCACCAAGAAAAUUCAAUCGUAAAAUGGAUAAAACAAAAAUAUCCUAUUUCCAAAGGAACGUACUGACCUAUAUUUUGCCGAUAAUAUUGAUUCGCCAGAUUUGUUUCAAAGAUACUUCUCUUCCACGGAGAUCUGCAGCAACCAGUCAUGAAAUCUGCGCUUGUAUUUCUGCUCUUUUCAAUUUCUUUCUCCAUUUGCUGCGACUUCAAAGUUAUCGUCAUGUCUGAGACUCACCACGAAAUCUGGGCUCAAUUUACCUUCUUCAACAAAUCUCUCAGUGAACCGUUCGUCUUUGAUUUUCUCAUUAACAGGAAAAAGUCACUUCAGACUCCGCUUUGAAAAGCUCGGCCAGAAGAAAGAACUACAAGUGGUCGGGACGAUGUGCAGCCUGGCGCCCACAAUCUUGAAGGUCAAACUCGUUCCCUUGCAUCGUAUUAAUCACAGUUUGAUUUGGUCAUCAACUGUGACGUAGGAGACGAUUUCCCCAAAAAAAGAGAUCGAAAAACGGAGAACUUUGAAUCCCCCGGUUUACUGAAAGGAGUGAUAAUAUUUGUUGUCUCGUUUACGUUGGUAGCGAGACUGAUCAAGUGUCCUUGAACUAUAUUCCGCCAUUCGUGGCUCUUUGCUUUUCAAAAGUGAUGAAACCGAUAGAUAAACUUACUUCGUCCAUCAGACCAAUAUUUCUUUUUGAAAUGCUGAAAAAAAGGAAAAAAUAUCAGAAAUCGCGGUCUUUAUCUAAGCCUGUUUGUGGCAAAAUCUGAAAUAAUAAUUGAAAUAAAUUUGAGAAAAAACGGUUUUUUGCGGAUUUAUGCUUCAAUUGCUUCUGACUUUGAAAACUAUAACCGCACGAGGAAUGGCUCAAAGCGCCGCGGUGGGGAAAUGCUGCUUGAAGCUUUCCGAUGCCUCGACGUAAGUCGUUUUGGGUCGGGCGUUUCUGAAAGUCAUCGCAGUGCAGCUGCUACGCCUUUAGUCUUUACAUAUGCAAUCAUGGCUUUGAUGUCGUGAAUGACUGAUUAUAACUGUAUUGUUAAUAACGGUAAUUGAAAUCAUACUUCUUACAAGAAAGAUCAUUUUCCCUUGUGGUUGAAAAAUUCCUGAAAAUUGGUCAGAACACUCUUUGGUGUACCAAAAGAAGGUCCUAAGCGUUUUAAAAUGCACAACUUCUAAGUUUUGGAGAGAGGACACCACAAAGUUAAAGGAAAUUCUCGAAAAUCGUUAUAGUCGGCUAUUUUGGAGCAACGAGCCUGUAUUUGUCGAAAACUAGGAAGUUGUGCAAAUUGAAAUUUUCAAAAUCUUUUUUUUGUUAAAAAAAACGUUUUGGCCGAAUUUCAGGUGACACCCUACCUUAAAGUGAAUUCACCUUUCUUGCUAAUGUUAGAUAAUUUUCCCCAUUUUUCCCUUUUCCUAAAAGUUAGACAGAAAUGUAAUCGGUCAAAAACAGAAUCUAUUUGUCCAAAAAGUGGCCGUUCAGAUAAAUGUCAUUGAGAAAAAUCGCGGAGAGAGAAGUAAAAACUGGAAAAAAAGCUACUAGUCAAGUUUUGUGGAGAAAACUGUAAUUAGAAAAAAGAAGUAUAGAUUACUCGGAAAAAGGGAAAAAAAAGUUCAGACUUAUGGCGAAUCACCGACUCCGACAUCCAAAUUGAUCGGAUCUACGCAAGCUCACCUCGAAGGAAUCAACGGAACAAUGACUUACAAGGUUAUUAAAACUUUGAAAAAAGAGUCGAUUCAUGAUUAUUCUUAGAUCUUCAAGAACGCCCCACCCUCACCUGUCGGUCCAGUACGCAUGCUUUGCUCAUUCGGACAAUGCAGAAGUGGAAAAUGA